AUGAAGGUGUCUAAAUUUUUAUUCACCUUAACUUUAUUAUCUUCCAGUUGUCUAGCCAUCAUUGAAAAUAUUGAUGGUUCAAUAGAAGAUACUGAUUCAUUACUCACAAAAACCGUUGACAAAUCAAGUCAUAAACUAGGUGUUCAACCACUAGAAGAUGAAGAUAAUCAUCCAACACCAAAACAUGCUAAACAACCAUUAGAUCCAUAUAAAAACGGUGGUAAACUUGGUCAUGAGUCAUCGUCAUCAUCAUCAUUAUCAUCAUCAUCAUCUAAUCAAGAUCAAGAACUCCCAGAUACUUCAUAUAACGCGUUUAUUAUGUCAAUUUCCAUGAUUAUUGUUUCUGAAAUUGGUGAUAAAACAUUUUUAAUUGCUGCAUUAAUGGCCAUGAGAAAUUCCCGAAUUGUGGUAUUUUCAGCAGCAUUUUCUUCGUUGGUCGUAAUGACAGUAUUAUCAGGAAUUGUUGGUCAUGCAUUACCUACAUUAAUUUCACAAAGAUUAACACAAUUUUUAGCAUCAGCAUUGUUUAUUAUAUUUGGAGUGAAAUUAUUAAGAGAAGGAUUAGCUAUGAGUAAAGAUGUUGGUGUUGAUGAAGAAAUGGCAGAAGUUGAAGAAGAAAUUGCCAUGAGUAAAUUAAAUACUCAAAUGAAUGAUAUUGAAGGUGGUGGUGUAUCUAAUACCGAGGGAGUAACUAACUCUUCUAUUUCAAAUAAUAAUACUCCAGUUUAUGCUGAAAUUGGUAAUCAGAUUCAAAAUUUGGCAACAUUUGUAUUUACACCAGUUUGGAUUCAAGUAUUUGUCAUGACAUUUUUAGGUGAAUGGGGUGAUAGAUCACAAAUUGCUACUAUUGCUAUGGCUGCUGGGUCCGAAUAUUGGUUUGUUAUUUUUGGUGCUAUUAUUGGUCACGGACUUUGUACUGCUGCUGCUUGUAUUGGUGGUAAAUAUUUAGCUAAAAAAAUUUCCAUGAGAAAUGUUACCAUUGGUGGAGCCAUUGCAUUUUUUAUUUUUUCAAUUUUGUAUUUUUAUGAUGCUUAUUAUGGUAUUGAAAGUUAA